UUACUAUGUACAACUGCAGGUUUAAACAGGUAGACCUACGCAUUGCCGCAGUGAUGGGCGUAUCCAGAGCCGAAAUCUGUUGAUAUUACUAACUAGUCAGCAGCAUUGUCAAAUUCAGCCGAACUUUUUACUGAAUGUUUUGAUCAAACUUUUACAAUGUCCGCAGGAAAGUGACAGAUUAAUCAGCAAAGAUAGAGGGAAGUUCAUCAUGUGAUUGUGAAUCCCAGGGCUGCAUAACUAUAGACAAUGUAAGUGAACCUUCUGAAGUGUGGAACGGUAAACCUGGAUUCAUCAUCACAGUAACCCUGUGACAUCAGUGAUCGUGAGGUGGUUAUUCAUUAGUCAAGUUUGUAUUUCUUUACAUGGCAAACUCUUAUUUGUGAGUUCUGAUAACAAUACAUAAUUAUACAAAAACAACAAACAUCUUCAAGGCUUCAACAAGUAAUUUAGGUUUUCAUCAAAAUGGCAACCCCUAUAAGCCAAAUACCUCUCCGUAUUAAAGGUCAAACGACAUGUAUACACCACAAGGGGAGACAGCUAGAAAUGUAUUGUGAAAAAUGUCAGGAACCGGUUUGUCUAAAAUGCCUUUCUUCUAUUCACAAAAUCCAUCAAGUGUGUGAGCUAAGUGAAAUCACUCCCCAGAAAGAACCAGACAUUAAAAACUUUAUAGACAGAACAGAAAAAAACGACCUUGUACAAAUUGGAAAAUAUAUCACCACUACCAAUAUCCUGCUUAAAGACAACACCAGUACUUUUGAGAAGCUGUCACAAAAGUUAAAGAUGCAAACGGAUAAAUUAAAACAAGAGCUGGUCAGGCUUACAGCUCAGACACUCUCUCUUUACCACAAAAUGGAAGAGGAUAAUACCAAGCUGAUAAAGAAAUACAAACAGGACCUGGAGAUGUACGAGAAGCAACUCAAACAACAAAUUCAAGAAUGUAAAGCAGCUCUCCAGAGUGGUUCACACUUACAGAUUUAUGAUACAUAUUGUGAGAUCCAUUCUCUUACACACAGUCUCCCUGUAACACCUGUCCUGGGUACUGCCAACUUCACUCCAAAUGAAAGUCCUCAAGAUCACUUGGAAAAAGCCUUGGGAAAAGUUAUCACCUUAGGUCAAUGUCAAACUUUAACUGACCAGGAUCGGUCAGUCUCAACAUCUGAUGAUCUGGGACAACCCUCUACACAACAACAACGGUCAGGAACAAAAGUGAAGAAAGCAGUGACAACAUACAAACUACUGCCACAGACCAAGGUAGUGGAGGAGUGGGAGUCUCCAUGUUACAUUAGGUCUAUAUGUCCCACCACUGAUGGUCAGGUGUGGACCAAGGACAGUAACAAAUUAACUCUCCUGGACAGGAACGGUAAAGUAAUACAGAAGGUGGAACACCAUGUCUGGAUCAAUGACAUCAGUCUGUCACCCACCACACAAACACUGUGGGUCUGUGAUUAUAACAACAACAUCAUGGAGCUGGUAUCAGGACGACUGACACACAGAUUUAGUACCAAGGAGGAACCCUGGUGUAUAUGUAUUACAGCCAGUAACCAUGUCAUUGUAGGGAUGACCAAACACAUCUCAAAAUUUACCACAGAUGGUAAAAUGGUGUGUACUACUAUGGCUAAAGGUACUGGGAAACCAUUAGUGUGUACACCAAACAGGAUCUCAGAGUGUCCUAUCAAUCACAAUGUGGCAGUCACUGAUUUCAGUAGUGAAAGUGAUAGUGGUGAUGGAAAGGGACAUGUUGUUGUGAUGGACACUGAUUUCAAGCAGGUGUUUGUAUAUAGAGGUGACCUCCCCAGUACAUAUAGACCAACAACCCAAACAGGAGGUAAACAAUUUAGCCCCUGGGGUGUGGUGUAUGACAGUGUGGGGAACCUGAUCAUAGGGGACCGUAACAACUACAGGGUCCUACUCAUCAGUGGAAGUGGUGAGUUCCUCAGGGUCAUACACACAGACACAGGCUCUACACCGGCUGUAGGUAUAGACAGGGAGGAUGUCCUGUGGGCAAGGUUUGGGGUUUUAAACGUCAAACUACUACAGUACAGAAGUAUGUGACACCUGUAACCAAACAACUAGUAUUAUCUAGUAACUAUGACAAUGACACGGAAAUUAAAGACAAAGUUAACUUAUUAUGAUUACCAAUCAGCUAACGAUAUGUGGCAUUCACAGGAAUAUAAGUAAAAUGUCUAGACUACAGAUUGUGUGACACUCACAGGAUUAUUAGUAAAAUCUCUAAACUAAAGAUUGUGAGACAUUCACAGGAUUAUAUUAUUAAAAAUGUCUAGACUACAGAUUGUGUGACAUUCACAGGAUUAUAAGUAAAAUAUCUAGACUACAGAUUGUGUGGCAUUCACAGGAUGAUAAGUAAAAUAUCUAGACUACAGAUUGUGUGACAUUCACAGGAUUAUAAGUAAAAUGUCUAGACUACAGAUUGUGAGACAUUCACAGGAUUGUUAUUAAAAUGUCUAGACUACAGAUAGUGAGCCAUUCAAAGGAUUAUAAUUUUGAGACCAAAUGGUCCUAUACAAUUCCACUACCAAUCAACUACUUUUCAGUGCUGUUGGCAAACAAAUCUGUGACCUUUAAAGUGGAAUGUAUAUAAUACCACUCUAUACCUGGAUAUAGAUACUCAAAGUUUACAUUUACCUAAACACACUUGAUAGAUACAGGCCAAAUAUUAUUUCAGAGUCGCUAAAAUCCACAGAAAAACACUUUACGAUCGUUCUGCAUAAUAUACUUAUUGGGAAAACCGACUGAUAAGUAGGUAAAGGUUAUUGAUUCUAACAAACUUGACCUUAUUUUCUGGUAAAUCUGGCAUUCUGCCAGCCAAAUAACAUGACCCAGGCUGAUUAAUUGACAUAUAUGUCCCUUAUGACCUUGAAAGUAGGCUAAGGUCAUAUAUAUGAGAGCAAUUUGUAGCACAGUAGUAUACCUGGGGUACCUAGGUACUGGCUGACUAUCAGAAUCCGGGGUUUAUAUAUAAUGGUACUGAAAAAGAGGCUUCUUGUUGACAUUUUAGCCCGGCCAACUCUCAAAGUUAACCUUUCACCUAGACACAAAAUUUAGAAAGAAGAAAUAAUGUGUACAUUGCUGGUCUAUAUAACAUACAAAAGUAUAAUGGCUCUAGACGUUAUAGUUCUUUAGAAAAUGUUGCUUUAAUUAGCACUCCAUCACAGAAACGUACUGGGAAAAUAUCAGGACACUGACCCUAUGUUACUAAAGAAGAAGAUUUACUUUACCUGUCAUGCUACCAACAUUUAUUUAAAUGAAAAGUAUUUUUUGUCAUUUAUAGUUUUCUCUAAAAAGAUUUAGUAUAUCCUUCCAACCCCUUAAGGGCAAAAACUUGAGACCCAAAGAAAUGAAAUACACCAUUGUUAUGUUUUUAUAAACGCUUUUCACACAAUUCUCAAUGAUCAUUCUUGACCUGGUUUUGUACACGGUGAGCUAAAUAUAGUUGUGCUCACAGAAUAAAGUUCCAGAUUCUGCAGCUUGUACGGCAGUACUUCAAUCAAGCAAUGAAUGUAUUAACAAAUGUUGUUAUGGUCCUAUAACACAGGCUGCUAUUAAUGACAAACUUAUUCAAACCAAGCAAGGGCUUUAUGUAGGUUUGUCAGCAAUAGAAAUGUAUGUUAUAGGACCAUUACAAUAAUUGCUUAAAUAUUCAUUAUUUAUAUUUAUA